GCAAUCGAGUGAGAUGACAAUACAAGAGCCUUGUGGGGCCCGAAAAAUAUUACUCAGUACAUCUGUGACCGCCAGACAGACAGAAAAGAAUGAGGCUUCAAUCGAUAGCAAGCUUGCUAGUUCUCCGCAACAAGAAGGCGUUUUUUGUCAUUGUGGUCGUUGUUGCAACAGUCGUUUAUCUUGGCACUGUGAGGGAUUUCUUCCGAAUGGAACAGUACACAGCAGUAACUCCUAAAGAAGACAUACAGAUACAGGGGGAAAAUCUCUUUUUGGAUCGCAUUAUGAGCCAGCGGCGUGAAGACGAGACCUUUUUCGGGGAUGUAACAACCAGACGAAAUUCGAUAGCUGGCAUUUCUGAUGUACUGCACAUCGAAACACCAGGAGAAGAAGUAUUUCAUGCCAUGAAAACGGGCAAAAGUAGAAUGCCUCAGGGAAGGAGAAACAAAAAUAUCACGCUAUUACCAAGUGAUGAUGAUGAUGAUGAUGAUGAUGAUGAAGGUGGCGACAGCAAUGCUAAUGAUGACGAAGAUGAUAAUGACCAUGAAGGUGACGACGGUGACGACAAUGAUAUGGACCAUGACGACAAACUGGAUCACUCUGAGAACAUCGAUGAACACAAUGAUGAUGAUGAUGAUGAUGAUGAUGAACGUCAUAGUGAUGAUAUCCAUAAAAAUAAGGAUCGCAAUGGAAAGGAAGGUGACGACGAUGACGACAAUGAGGAGGAUGGCAAAGAUAAGGAAGGUGACACUUGGAAUGAUUUGUCCAUCAGUAGCCGCUAUAAAGGAUCAUUUCCAUUAUCAAAAGAGAGAAUGACGGAUACCCCAGGUAAUUCUAAGCACGACUUGGUCAAUUCUAUACAGCCCACAUCACAAAAAAAGAAGAAUGCAAGAUUUUCUCCUUCGACAAUUGCAAUUUUAAAGGGUUUGUCAUCGAAAGUUAUCCUUAAAGAGAAUCAGCAACCUUUAAUCCCAAAAGAGCUGAACAGUGUUGUCAGUGAGAAAAACUUACUUUUUCAAAAAUCAAAAAAGAUAUUAAAUCUAAGUGAUUCUGAUAAUUUCAGUCAACCGCCAGUUAAUCUGCUGGUAUCUCAAGGCUUCAGGAAUAACGGAAACCGGAGAUCCUCUACAUUUCAUUUAAACAAACCAAUUCCACCACCUAUUGGAUUUUCACCGGCUCCCAGCCUUUCGAUAACAAAAUCACCAUCGCUAUUUUUUAAUGACAAAUCGGUUACACCUAAACAUUACAAUAGAACAUCAGUUUGUCCACUCCUGCAAGUACGAAAACUUAGAAUGUUGCCUGAGAAUGUCCACUGUGUUCCACGAAACCGUUCCUUUCGGAGUUGUUUGAAGGCAUUUCAAGACUAUGAUCUUGGAGGCAAACCUCUAACCUGCGGAAACAGUCCACCAGAGGAGCCGAUGUGUUUGAUCAAUAUUAUCAGGCAAUUUCCUAACUUAAGGAUACCAGUUGUUGCGUGUAAUACAUCAUUGUGCGGAACAAAUCCUGUGUACGUCCUAGAGUACAGUCCUAUUUAUGGAAUCCUCGAGGAACGCCAUCUGUGGAAACGCUUUUUCACUUCACGGGGGCUUGAAAAGUACCUCGAGAGAUACAUAAACACAAAUUACACCCUCAACUUUAAUUUUUGCCUUCUCCUUUGUGUUCGCAAAGGUAGGACAGGUUUCAUCGAACAGUUGAUGACAUUUCCCAUAGCGCAAAAAACUACUAGUAGUAGAGUAAGCGAUGAGGCGAAGUUCAACCUUAACAUUUUGGUGCUUGAUUCUGUGUCACGACCGCAUUUCUACCGAACACUUCCAAAAACGGUCACGUCCCUGAGAGAAAUAGAUCAUUUAGAAUCGUACAACGCUACUGUAAUGGAUUUUGAGUUACUACAUAGCUUAGCUUCAUAUACUUUCCCCAAUAUCAGGGCUUUAAUGUCUGGUAGGAUAGACUUGAGUGCUUUUGGAAGGCAUGAAAAUGAGACUUAUGGUAUAGAGGUUCUAUUUGGAAAAUUCAAACAGCUUGGUUAUUACACAUUGCUUCAAGAAGACAGCUGUUGGUAUGAUUCGUGGGGUUCGCUGUUUACAGACAAUGUAUAUCAGGGUAAAAUGCCACGAUACAAACACGAGUUUGCCAACCGUUGGAAAAGGUUUCUUGAAAAGGUCAAGAAUUACAAUAUAGACGAUUUUGGUUUAUCGCAUGCUUCCUGUGAAAUUUUCAAGCGCCAUAAAACAACCAAUCAAUUUAACCAUCCGAAGAAAGUGUGCUUCGAUGGAAAACCUUUCGCGGAAUACUUUCUUGAUUAUAACGAGAAGAUUUACAACAAUGUGCUAAAGAUAGGGAAAAAAACCAGACUUCUAUCAUACACACAUCUUAACACGGGACACGAAAUAACUGGAUCUCGCAUACGACAAAUCGACAAAAGACUUUCACAAUACAUUAAAAACAUGGCUAAAAUGGAAGACACGUUGACUAUUGUGCUUUCAGAUCACGGUCCAAAAACAACUAAAUAUUCAUUUCACACAAGGGAAGGAAGAACCGAAAAAUACGAUCCAUUAUUUUUUAUUGUAAUUCCAGACAAAGUGGCAGCAAUCCUAGGUCGACGAACACUCCACGCCCUAGAGCAGAAUCAAAACCGUAUCAUCAAUACUCUGGAUAUUCACAAUGGUCUUAUGUCUUUAGGGAAAGCAACAAACUCGUCUAGUAUAAAAGACAAAGGCAUAUUUGAUUUAAUUCCUGCCAAUCGCACGUGCGCAGAUUUACCGAGGAAACCUCUGGCGGUUUGCAAGUGCCAAGGCUGGGAAACAAAUUUUCCAGAUAACGAUAAACGAUUUACCUGGCUAGCAGAAUUUGCCCUUGGAACUAUAAACAACCAAAUUCAAGAGCAGUUUCUGAGGGGCGACAAGCAGGCUGGAGGUUAUGGAAAUUGCCAACGCUUGGUUGGAGAGAGCUUUACCAAGAUUCGGCGUCGCUCCCAGGGAAAACAUUACGUCACAACCAUGGAUAUUAUCGUAACACCGGGACAGGAGAUUUUCGAGGUGCAAAUCAAAUAUCCUCGGGUGUUAAAGAACCAAAACUCCUUUGCAAAACUUAUAGUUCACGAGCGUGUCACUAUUUACAGACAUUUUCGAAAAUGCGUGGACACCACAGUUAGUUUAGGAUUGUGUGUUUGUGAUAGUAAAAAACAUCCUAAGCAAAAAACAAAGCAAAGAUGGAUAAAGAUUAAAAACAGAGAGGAUGUCUUGAACAUCAUUUCACGAUCCAACAGCUUUGGAUCACAAACUAGGAUAAAAGAUAUCCAUCAAAGCUGUCUUCUUCUUUUUUAUAGGAACCGUAGGAGAAGGAGCACUAGUUUUGAAAUUUCAAAUACUUGCAACGACAGAACGUAUAAAGUCACUAUUUCUUUAAUAGAAGUUGAUACCAAUAGAGUUUUCGUUUCGCGAAAAGUACCAUUUUCCAUUUUUUUGCCUCGAAGGACAAUUCACUUUCUUUUAGCAAUUAGACGUUUAGGGAAUACAUCCCAUAAUUUUAGGCUGAGAGUAAAGCAUGCAGUGCAAUUUUCCAGGAAUAGAUAGGGUGUGUACUUUUUUGAAUUCGCGUCUUUGCGUGCCAGAUCAUACACGUGACUGUGUGUUUUUGUUUUGUUUCAUCUCUCAUUUGCUGUUCCUGAUGGAUGCUUUUUUAACAAGGGAUAUGAAUGAUAUUGAUUUAUUUGACCUGUGCUAGAUAGUGGAUUACAAAAAAUGAUAGUCUAGUAUGAGAGGAUGUGUUUCUGGAUUGGUUGAUUAGCGUAACAGAUAUUUUUUAUAUCUCCAAUCUUCAAAGAAACUGAAAAAUU